AUGAGCGGAACCAAGCGAGAGCGCGGCGGUGGCGCGUGGGGCGCGGAGAGCAGCGGUCCCGGCGGGCGCAGCGGAGCCGGCGGAGCUGGCGGAGCGGGGGGAGCCGGGGGGAGUUCCGCAGGGGCCGGCGCGGAGAAGAAGGUGAAGGUGAUGCAGCGCGGGCACGGCAUUGCGCACCUGGAAAAGCUCCGCCUUCAGGAAUUGCGCAACGCGGAACUAGAGCGGUCGCAGCAGCAACAGCAGCAACAGCAGCAGCAGCAACAGCAGCAGUUACGACAGCUUCAGCAUCAGGACCCCUCAAGCCUCUUAACCUCUUCCGCGGCGCUCCAAGCCCUAGGCCUAGGCGGACUCUUCCCCUUACCUCCCUCCGUCGCUUCCUCCUCUCUCGCUUCCCUCUCCGCCCCUCUGGGACCGCUUUCCGACAACCUCGCGACGGCGGCGGCGGCGGCGGCGGCAGCGGCAGCCGCGUCCGAUCCGUUAUUGAGUAUCGCUGCUAGAAGGCAACUGUCGCUACUUGCCGCGUCGCGAUCGUUAUCCAGUGAUUUCGCUGAUCGAAUGCGAAUGGGCGGAGAUCGAUCCGUGUUGGGCGGAGGGAGCGGAGCUGGCGGAAGCUUGGGCGGGCUGGGCGCUGCGCUUGGGGGCCUAAGCGGAACGACGGGGAGCAGUCCGGGCGGACACGAGCGGGUUCCGCUCGACGUGGUGAUGGCAGCUUCGGCAGGCGCAGCUUUGGGUAGAGAGGGAUUCCACAGGCUCGGCGGAGGCUUGGGCGGAGGUUUGGGCGGAGGCUUGUUUGGCGCAAGCGGAUUAGGGCUGGGGGGAGGGUUGGGGGGAGGGUUGGGGGAAGGGUUGGGAGGAGGCGUGGCGGGGGCGCGGGGAGGGACCGCGAGCGAAGGGGGCGCGGGGUUCGGGAGUAUCUUCGGCGGGGGGUUGAGGGGGGCGGCGGUGGCGGCGGCCGCGGCAGCUGCGCACGCGGCGAGCACGGGGAGGGGCGGCACUGGCUGGGCGAUGCAGUCGCUAAGCGAGUUCGCCAUCCGGCGGCUUCAGAUCCUGAACGACCUACGGCAGGUGGAAUCAGCAGGCGGGGGAUCGAAUCUCGACGUCGGCGCAUUUGGUGGCGCAGGGGGACCAGGGGGCGGGAGUGUGGCGAUCGGCGCGGGGUACAACUCGUGGGAGGUCGACAGCAGCUCGCGCACCCCAGGACCCCGCGGAACAGCGCUGGGCGCAGCGCUAGGCGCAGCGCCAGGGGGAGCAUCAGGGGGAGCGUCAGGGGGAGCGCCAGGGGGAACGCCAGGGGGAACGUUAGGGGGAACGCUAGGGUCGGCAGCGGGGGGGGGACUUGCUGGGGCGGCUUCGUCCCGCGGGCUGUCUAAUUUUGCCUCUGGCGCGCGCCCAGGCGGGGGAAGCGCGGAGAUGAGCGCUGGCGUGGGCGGCGGAAGCGGAAUGGGCGCUGGGGGCGCUGCUAUAAGCGCUGGGGGAGGCGGUAGCCCGGGGGGAAGCUCGCUUUCCGCGCAUCUGCCCAGCGCCGUGCCUCUUUCCGCCACUGGCGCGGGGCUGGGGCCCUCCGGUUUGCGCCACAGCAGCUAUGGGGGGGAUGGGGGAACGGAGGGGUCACCUUUUGGGGGAGGCAGAAGCGGAGGCGGAGGGGGAGGGGGAGGGGGAGGCGGAGGCGGAGGGGGAGGUGGGGUGGGCGGCGGAAGAAAUCUUGAGGAGGAAAGCGGGAAAGGGGUUUCUUGGGGGGAUUUGACCAGAGGCGGGGUAGUGGGGGGAAUGAUGCUAGUGGGGAGCGACUGGGGAGGGGAGGAGAGGGCGGAAGGGGCGCAAUGUCAUGCGCUCUCCCCGUUUGCUCCAGCCUCCCCAUUCUCCCCUGCCUCUCUAGCCGAUUCUCUCCUUUGGAACCGUCUCAAGGCGGAGUCACAUCUAAGAGACUUGGCUUCAAGAGACUCGAAAGCGGCGGAUAUGGCUUUAAGGGACGUGAAGGCGGAUGGCUCGGGUCCAGGAGACGUGAAGGCGGAUGGCUCGGGAACGGAUUUGGCGCCUUUUGAGGCGCCCAGAGGAAUGGAUCUGGCGAUGGUUCUGGAGUCGGCGCAAAAAGCGGCGCAGGAGUCGAAAGCUGCGGACCUGGCUUUAAGGCUGCAGCUAGAGGGGCGGCUGGGACCGCAGGAGGCUGCAAGGCAGCUGGAAGCGGCUAGACUAGCUGCUGCUGGGGUUAUGGGGGGGGCAGGAGGUGAGGUGACUUUUGAGUCGACUCACAAGGCGCUGAGGGUGCAGCUAGAGGGGAGGUUGGGACCGCAGGAGGCAGCAAGGCAGCUGGAAGCGGCUAGGCUAGCUGCUGCUGGGGUUAUGGGGGGGGCAGGAGGUGAGGUGACUUCUGAGUCGACUCACAAGGCGCUGAGGCUGCAGCUAGAGGGGAGGUUGGGACCGCAGGAGGCAGCACGGCAGCUGGAAGCGGCUAGGCUAGCUGCUGCUGGGGUUAUGGGGGGGCAGGAGGAGGCAGCACGGCAGCUGGAGGCGGCUAGGCUAGCCGCUGCUGGGGUUAUGGGGGGGGCAGGAGGUGAGGUGACUUCUGAGUCGACUCACAAGGCGCUGAGGCUGCAGCUAGAGGGGAGGUUGGGACCGCAGGAGGCUGCAAGGCAGCUGGAGGCGGCUAGGCUAGCUGCUGCUGGGGUUAUGGGGGGGGCAGGAGGUGAGGUGACUUUUGAGUCGACUCACAAGGCGCUGAGGCUGCAGCUAGAGGGACGGUUGGGACCGCAGGAGGCAGCACGGCAGCUGGAGGCGGCUAGGCUAGCCGCUGCUGGGGUUUUUGGGGGGAUAGGAGCUGGGGGAAGGAGGAGAGGCGGAGGGGUAGGCACAGGGGGAGGCGCAGGGGGAGGCGCAGGGGGAGGCGCAGGGGGAAGCGCAGGGGGAGGGGCAGAGGGAAGCGCGGGGUCAGGCGCGGGGGGAGGGGGAUUGGGGGGAGCUGGAGCAGGAAUGGGAGCAGGUGUUGGGAAAGGGGGUGGAUUAGGGUUGGGGAUAGGAGGUGGGGAGAGGGAAGUGGGAGGGUUUGUGCGGAAGGGGGAGAAGGAGAAUCAUAUAUUUGGAACGGUUUUUGAGGCUCCUCAAAAGAAAAGGUCGUUUGAAGUCGCUUUAAAGGCUGGUGCUGGUGGGAAUGAAUCAGGAGGGCGAGAGGGGGAGGGGUUUGGAAAGCAGGGGGGAGGAAGGAUGGGUCGGAAAGUGGCUGAGCAGGGAGAGUGGUUUGGAAAGCAGGGGGGAUCUAGACUGACGGAGGGUGGGGAGAAGAGACGGAAGGAGGAGGGGGUGGAUGAGGAGGAAGAGGGAUGGAAGGGACGUGAGGGGGUGGCGAAGAGGGGAAGGGGAGAGGAGGUGACAGAGGAGGUGAGGGGUGUGGGGGAUGAGGGGAGGAGGACGGGAGGAGUGGGAGGUGUGGGAGGGAUGGGGGAGGGGCAAGGGCAGGGGGUGCAGGUUCCGGCGAAUUUCUUCCUGAAUAGAUGGGCUUCGGUGGGGAGGAGUAAGAAGGAGUUGGAAGCUGUAGCAGGGGGUUCGGCAGGUGAAACGAGAGCAGUGAAGGAAGAGAAGGGGAGAGAGGAGGAUAUGAGAGGGAAGGAGGGGAGACGAGGUAAAGAGGAAAGGGUGGUGGAGGAAAGGAGGGCAGCCGGGGGAAAAGGAGUAGCAGAGGAGGAGAGGAGAGAAGUGGAGGAAAAGAGGGUAGUGAAAAAGGAGAGAGCAGUUGAGGAGGAGAGAGUGGUAAAGGAGUUGAGGAGCAACAUGGCGAAGUGCUUGGGGGAGGAUGUGGCAGGACGGGUCUUCGCCGCCAUGCAGUCUCAGGAGGAGGAGUGCGCCAGGCAGAUUCGCCAGCUGCACCAUUUGCAUGAGAAGCAGCGACAGCUACUCUCUCAGCUACAACCGGCAGUCACACCCCUCCCCUCCUCCACCCCCACCUCCUCCCUCCCCUCCCCUGCUGCUCCUGCUCCCUCCUCCUCCUCCCUUCCCUCCCCGGCUGCUGCUCCUCCCUCCACUUCUCUCCAUAUGGGUGGAGGAACAGCAACAGCAACAGCAACAGCAGCAAAAGCAGCUACAAGAACGGCCUCCCCUGCUGCUCGCCCGUCCACCCUCUCUCCUACCGUUGCCACACCUCUUUCCCGCAGCAGACCCACACCCAGUAAGUGA